AUGCCGACGCAAGCACGGCCAAGAACGGCCCGGGCUUGCAAGGCCUGCCGCUCCCUCAAAGUGCGCUGCCUGCCUAGUCCUGAAGGCGAGGUCUGUCAGAAGUGUGCAAAGUCAGGCGCACAAUGCGUUUUCGAGGAGCCAAGGACGCGUCGCAAGCGCGAGAAGCCUGACUCCAGAGCACGAGUGGCCGCCCUGGAGAGGAAGCUGGAAGCAGUCAUUGCUCAGGUCAGCCAGGGCAGUGAUGUCGACAGAAGCAGUGCCACCAGGAGUAGCCUUCAAGCUCCCGAGAUCACGGUGCCCCUAUCUCCUCCUGUGUCACGAAUCCGUGACUCUAGAACUUCGUCUGCUUCUGAGACCGGCGCCGGGUCUCAAAGUACCAGAAAUCUGGGCUUUGCUCCAUACGAUGGUGACGAUGCCACCCCUGAGGUUCUCAUCGCACAAGGGCUUCUUUCAAUGGAGGACGCUGAACGCUACAUCGAACGUUUCCGUCAGUCGUGUGCCUACUUUCCUUUUGUCGUGCUUCCGCCAGACGAAACUUUCUCCACAGUGUUGAGAGAGCGACCCCUGCUACUACACGCAGCCUUAGCAGUCGCCAUGUCCGCUGAAGUCCAUCUGCAGAAAGUGCUAGAGAAAAGCUUCAAGGAAGUCAUGCUCAGCAAGCUCAUGUUUGAAGCAGAGAAAAGCAUCGAUCUUCUGCAAAGUAUUCUUGUUUAUAUCGCAUGGGGCCACUUCUUCCAUAUCCCCAAGAGGGAUCAGUCAUAUCAGCUCCUUCAGAUGGCGGUUGGCCUUUGUGUCGAGCUUGGCCUCAACACGUCUCCAACUCUCGCGAUGCGGAAAGUUGGACUCCAUCUCAACCAUUAUACGCCUUCAGCCGACUCAGAAGGCGACGCUUUCUGGAGCAGAGAGGCUAGACGAGUUUUCCUUGGAUGCUACCACAUCUCGACAAUGCAAAACUGGACAUGGUCUAAGCCAAACACCUUGGAGCACUCUGAGUACAUCCUUCAAUGUGCAACAUCACUAUCUGAAGCCCCUGAGUACCCAACAGACGGACUAAUCUUACCUCUCGUUCAACUUGAUCAAACAGGAGACGACUAUUACAACGCGCUCUGCAUUGGCAGCAACGAGAGCCAUUCUCAAGGCCGUCUUGACCGCGUCGACGCCCAUCUUCGAUCCUUUCGCAAAUCUACGCAGGAAAUUAUGAACAGUCUCACUCCAACAGCAUCCAGCUCCACAACCCUCGAGCUGGCCCUUCACUUUGCUACCGUCCAUACCCUUGAACAAGACCUCCUGACUUCAACCUCCCCAAUCAGGCGACAUAUGGCGACGGUGGUUCCUAUGGACAACGCGAGCAGUCCCGCUGGCUCACCUUCUCGCAUUGACAUCUUGGUCGAGUGCCUGCAGGCAGCCAUGGGGUAUGUAGAUUGCUUCAUCAGCAUUCCCUUAAGCUCAUAUCCACUCCUAUGCACCGCUCAAUGGGCCGGCUUGGUCUGUAGUCUCACCGUCAUGUAUCGUUUGUCGAUCGGAGUUCCUCGAGUACCGCUGUGGGACGUCCAGGUGGCACGCGAUACAGUCAAGCUAGAACAGUACUUGGAGGUCCUGUGUGACAGGACGCAGCGGGCCACCCGGGAACGACUAGGGGCCAUCGCAGAGACGAACAAGCGAGACCUCUAUUCAAUUAUGGGCCUAAUCCUUCAAAAUGUCAGAAAUACGUACGAGAGGCUCAGGCAUUUGCCACAGGACAAGAGUUCGACUGACGAGGCGCCUGUGCAUUCGACGUCGUUUCCCGAUCAGCUUGUGAACGAGCAGACUUUGCCUCAGCCUCGGCCUGGACCAAUAUUUGAGCAAAAUAUGCCCAGACCGGGGUAUCAAGAUCGAUGUCCUGCGAGGCAAUUCUGGAGCCCCCAUGAACAUGGUGGCGCGGAUACGAGUGAAUCCAUGGAGGAGAAUCCAUUUCUGUCUACAAACCUUAUCAACGACGACGGCUUCUGGACGCAGUUGUUUACUACGGAGCAAACGCAGUGGAACAUGGACCUGGGUAUGGAGGACAUCUAA